AUGGCGGACCCCAGCACAAGGAUGAAGAUGAUCAUCACGUGGUUCUCACCGACGGGUUUCGAGCUGCAGCUCUUGGCAAUCCCACGAACUAUAGGGCGGAAAAUGCACACUGAGAAAAGAACCAAAAUCGCCAGAAACGUGAGCAACAGUGCAGGCGUGUGCUCUUUUCCGUGCACGCUCUGUUUUCCCAUGAAGACAACGACUGUCCAGAACAAGCUGCAGAGGCUGCCGAUCAUGGACGAGGGUAUGGCCAGCCGUCCGAGGUCAGAGUUCAUUAGCUUGAGGUCGGCUAGCAGGCAAACGAUGACAUGGAACGAGGUAGUAGCCUGA